AAAGAUUCAAUGUUAGAGUGAUUGUUUUUUGACCGAUAUACCCUCACGUCUGUCUCAUUUCCACCAUUAUCAUCACACACACAUUCGAUCAAUCCAUCAGUUGAUCCAUUCCAACAAACAACAUGGAUAGGGUAUUCUCAGUGGACGAAAUCCCCGACCAUCUAUGGUCACCGCAGAUUCAUGUCUCCGGCAGCGCCGGCGAUGAAUCCUCCAAGAUGAGUCGCAGCGCUUCCGAAUGGGCGUUCCAACGCUUUUUGCAAGAAGCUGCCUCACCUUCUCCUUCUUCUUCGUCUGUUGCUGAUAACACCGGUUUUGCCGAUGCUGCAGCAAAAGACGGUGCCGUUUUGCCCAAUGGACCACCUCCGGUGGCCGUGGAUUCCGAUGAAUAUCGGGCUUUUCUGAAGAGUAAGCUGAAUCUCGCCUGUGCUGCCGUUGCCAUGACCAGGGGAUCUUUGACUAAAUCUCAAGACCUAGCCACUUUUCCUGAGAAUGGACCACAGUCCUCUAAUGCUACUCAAGUUGGAUCUCAGCCCAUUUCUGAAGGAUCUGGUCCUUCUGGAAACGAUCCACCUAUAUUACAAGAUAAGGAUGCCAAGGUACCACCUGCGGUCCCUUCCAUACCACAUGUGCAGAAAAAAACCAUUGUUGCAAUUAGGCCAUCAACAAGUGGAUCAUCAAGAGAACAGUCUGAUGAUGACGAAGCCGAGGGAGAGACAUAUAUGAUUGACAGCACAGACCCUACUGACGUAAAACGAGUAAGGAGGAUGCUUUCCAAUAGAGAGUCAGCCAGACGCUCAAGAAGAAGAAAGCAGGCUCAUUUAACUGAGUUGGAAACACAGGUUUCACAAUUAAGAGGUGAAAAUUCUACCUUGGUAAAGCGUCUUACUGAUGUGAACCAAAAGUACACUGAUUCUGCUGUUGACAACAGAGUACUGAAAGCUGAUGUUGAAACGUUAAGAGCAAAGGUAAAGAUGGCUGAAGAGACUGUGAAAAGAGUUACUGGAUUGAACCCAUUGUUUCAUGUCAUGCCUGAUAUGUCGUCAAUGCCAGCAUUUGAUGGAAGCCCCUCAGACAAUUUAGCUGAUGCAGCUGUUCCUGUGCAAGACGAUCCACAUCAUCAUUUCUAUCAACCAACAUCUAUUAAUCCUAUGCCGUGUCAUGAUAUGAGAGUCAGCAAUGGGUUGGGAGAAAUUUCUUCAAUUGAAAAUGUGCAGCCAAACAAUGCAGCAGUUGUAGGUGGGAACAAGAUGGGUCAAACAGCUCCUCCGUUGCACCGGGUGGCUAGCUUGGAACAUCUUCAGAAGCGGAUUCGUGGUGGUGGUGUCGAUUCUUGUGGACCUCCUUCUAAUGGAGAGCAGUAAAUUGCCAUAUCUUGUGGUCGCUUUAGUCAAGAAGUUAUUCUUGUCUGGUAGUUAUUAUUACAAGUAAAAAUCUUAUUCUUGUGAACUACAUUGCAAAUCAAUUUAAUGAGGCACAUGGUGCUGUAUUCAAUCAGUGCACCCCAUAUCUUCGUUUGGGGAAUGCACUUUACCCUCUUAUACGUUAAAAAUCUAUGAACUUAUUCCCUCAAAA